AUGACCAACUCAUUACUAGGCAGUACCAAGACAGUACAUAUUCAAAGGAUUCAACUGGGUCAAGACAGCGGUGCCGAGGUCGAGCUCUCCAUACCAACAACCAAAACGGAAGAGGACCUUUCAGACCUCCUCGACACCCACCAGGACCGACCGACCGAAAUCAGACGCCGAGACCAGGUCAAGAUCAUCACCACUCCCUGGACCGAAACACAGACACUGCAAACAGCACGCGUGACAGUCGAGGCGGGAGUAAAAAGGCUUCACUUUAGGGCAUCGAGGACAUGUAGUCAUCAGCAAGGGUGGAGAUUCUGUGGCUCUUUUAAAGAGUUUAGAAAGGGGACGUCUACUCUAAAGUGAUUCUUUGAACUGUAGAGAUGGUCAGUAAGAUAUUC